GUUAUCAAAGCGUUCGUGAUUGUAUUGUUAUACACAUGCUUAUUAUAUAUUAUUAACAAUUGAUAAUUUGGAUUAGUACGAUCAAAAUUACUCAAAUUUUUCAAUCAGUAUAUUUUAUCAAUAUUUAUUUUUAUAAUGAAAACCUUAAAAAUCUUCUCAACAGUUUUCUCUGUGUGCUUAAUAAUAUCGCAAAAUGGUGCUGAUCCACCUAUUACUAGCGAGACUUCAUCAUUGGCUACAACCGAUCAACUAUAUUGUUCUAGACAGGGCAUAUCUUGCUAUGAUCGUUAUACCAUUCAAUAUUGUGGAAAAACUGGUGAUUCAGGUUUAGAAUUUACUGUCUCUUGUAAAGUACAAAAUCCUAAUCGUCCUUAUUGUUUGGAAUAUGAAAAUCAUGUAGAAUGUAUACCAGCUGACACAUCAAUACCGCUACAAGAAAAGCCAGAAACAUGUACUAGUCAAGGCUCACGCCCAGAUCCAUUAGAUUGUACUCGUUUUAUACGGUGUGAAAAAAAACCAACUGGUAACGGAUAUUUUGGUUCAGUAGUUAAUUGUCCAAUUGGUACCGGAUAUAACAUUGACAGGGAAAAAUGCCAAACUUCUGGUUCAUGUGCCACAAUACAUUCGUAUUGUUUGGGAAAUGAAGAUAAACUUAUUGCCUAUUCACCAUAUCCAUCAAUUUAUGUUAAAUGUCCUGCUGCAAAUUCAAAAGAUGAAUUUGUCGUAAAACUAUGCAAGGAGGGAUACAGCUUCGAGGAAGAGGUUGGCGCUUGUGAACGGAUUUGCAAACGAGAAGGGUAUAUUCCUAAUAACGAAAAUUGUAAGGCUUAUUACAAUUGUGUGAAAAUUACAGGCGAUUUAUUUUCCAUAUCGUCAAAUAUAUGUCCUCUAGGAACUGGAUUUAAUCGUCAAACAAACGCAUGUGAUGAAAGUAAAGCAAGUUGUUCAAAUUCCAGAUUUAGAAAUUAUUUUAACGACUAUUAA